AAUGUGCUGGCCUGCUCUUGCCAGGCAGGUAAAAGGCGGUGGCUUAGCCUCAGGCUGGCAAACGUUUGACAGUGACUGGAGACGUUUUCACACGUCCCCAGGAAUCUUCCUCCGCUCACCGCUGAGGUCUUCGAAACCCGCGAACUUGCCACCAGAUAUAGUGUCUCAAGACUUUUACAGAACUCAAUGGGGUACCUACCGCAGACAAUGGUGGUGGUUGUGGCGCUUCUGGUGUCCACAGUCAGCGGGUAUCCAAGUGGCGCUCCAGAAAAUUCCUGCGGUAAUCUUACCCCGAGUCAUGGAGGCAGCUCUUCCAUGAACGUGGCCAACUCCCCCUUCACUGUCACGGCCUCCAAAGGCACUUACAGUCCAGGAGAAACCAUUACAGUGACUCUGAAAUCGGCCAGCUCACAGACCUUCUCCGGCUUCUUGGUGCAAGCACGUAGUUCGGGUUCCACCAAUCCUCUCGGGACAUUUGGAACCGCCUCUGGUACCCGACAGCUGACAUGUGGCAGUGCCAACUCAGCAAGUACUCACUCCUCCGGUGCUAGUAAAUCCAGCAUUCAACUGACGUGGACGGCGCCUCAGACUAACGCCGGGACAGUAACAUUUUGGGCAACUUUUGUACAGUCGUACAGCACGUUUUACGUUGGUGUGCAGUCCAGCACUCUCACCUACAUGAGCACACAGACUUCUACUACUUCAAGUUCGACUAAGACAACAAAGACGUCUGCUUCUACAUCUUCUACGACUAUGUCGACAAGGACUUCUACUACCACCUCAUCUUCAACUAAGUCAACAAAGGGAUCUGCCACUGUCAACAAUCCUACUACUGCAGCAACUGUAAAAACAAGCGGGACUUCGUCAAUCAACGACACCAACAGAAAUGUCUUUACAUUGCUUACUGUUAGUAGCAUUUAUGUGUUGUCUGUACUAGUUCUGUAAGCUUAGCAUUCAAAAACUAGUCUGUACAAGCUGAGAAUAUUAUUUUCACGCACAUGAUACAUUGUUUUACUGUUUUGGGCAAGGGUAAUUUUGACAUAUUUUCGAAUCUAAGUUCUCAUUCGCUUCUUUCGAGUGCACUGAUUAAAAUAUGAUGAUAUACUUACCAAAAUUUACAUUUCUGUAAAAUGAGGUGUUUUUUUUUUAAAAAAAAUUCACAAUAUGUCUACGAUGUGAUGUAUAUUGUUUACAGCCUCCCCUUCCCCCACCACCUCAUGUUGACAACUGUCUCGUUCGUGUAUUACCUGAAGCGAGAAUUAAAUUUUAAACAGUACACCAUUGUUCUGU